GAGAAUGAGAUUUACUAGCAGUAUUAAUUUAAAUGCUUAUUUAACAUACAAGCAAACUAGUUCAUUGGAACCCAAUCGGAAAAUAAAAGCAGAAGAUUUUGACUGGGAUAAUAAUCAUCCGAAAUCCCUAGUUUCAAUCUGCAUUCAAAAGAUAAGUGAAAAUUGGUUGGGGUAUCCAAAGUUAGAAAAGGUAAUCAAUAAGGACCGUGAUUUUUUUUUACAAGUUUUAAAUACAAAUGUUCCCUUAAGAAUCCUUGUGGAUAAUAUUAAAAGUGACAUAUUUUGGAAGAGAUUUUAUUUAACGAGAUGGAAUGAUAUGCCAAUUAAAGCAGAGGAAAAAAGAUGGAUAAAUUUAUUUUUGGAAAGACAUUACGCAGAUGUAUUGGAAAAUAUGAAUCCUCGGCAUUACGAUCCAGAAAAGGUAAAGGAUUUAGUAAAGUUGUGUGGGCCCUAUAUACAAUCAUUGUCCAUUCGGAGCUUGAUUCCAAUAGAUAUUCCUGUUCAAAGGAUGACAUCACCUGAAAUGGUCGAUUUAAUUACAAGUCAAAGAAAGAAAGGAGAAAAGACUUUUACGAAGAACGACAAGGAAAUAUCCAGAGAUCACAUAUCUCUUCAUGCUGUUCUGGGCAGCCUGACUAAUUUGGUUGAGUUACAUUUAACUUAUCAGCUGAAAAAUAUAGGUGAGGAAUAUCGAAGGGACCAGUUUCAAUUCACUAUCAAUGAUGCCAAAAAUCUUGCUCAUGGUUUAGAAAAAUGUAAUCAUUUGAAGACACUAAAGAUUACAAGAACAGAUAUUAAUUGCCAAAAAGUGAAAUACAUAGUACGCGGUUUGUCAGAUAACCAAACUUUAGAAUCUUUAGAUUUCAGUCAUUGCAAAAUUGGUGAUGAUGGUGCUUCUUCAGUUGCAAAAUUUAUUUCUAGGCAUGAUAAUCUGAAAACUAUAAUAUUAGUGGAUAAUAUUUUCGGACCAUCAGGUGCAGAAAGCAUAUCUCAUUCGCUCAUUAACCCCGGCUGUAGUGUUCGUCAUCUUGACCUAAGGCUAAAUAAUAAACUAGGUUCUGAAGGCAUAGCUCAUAUUGCAGUAACUUUAGCUCGAGGAUGUAACCUAACACAUUUAAAUAUUUCUGGGUGUGGAAUUAAACCGGGACCUUUGGCAAAACCACCCGCAGGUGUGUGGUCAUUAACGAGUGCAGAAAAUCCUCCAAGUUGCGGUGAUCUAUUGGCGAGGGCUAUUGGUUUAGUUAAAACUCCGCUGCGGUUUCUCGACAUUAGCGUUAACGAUAUUGGAUCACCUAGCGACGAUGUUUUAUCAAACGCGAUUUGUUUAAGUUAUAUAGUCGAUAUUAAUCUGAAGAGAUCUGGUAUGGGGCCAAUAUCAAUGGCAGUUGCAGAGGCAGCUGCUGCUGCUCAAAGACUAAGAAGAGAAGCGGAAAAAGGAAUCAGAUUUAGAAGAAGUGCCGGAAGAGUUGUGCAGGCCAGAAGAGUAGCCAGAUGUAUGAAUAUUGAUACUGAUCCAGUACUAUUAGCUCAACAAAUAUCUGCACGACCAUCCAUAGUUUCUGUCGCAUCUGAAGAAGGUGUUUACAGCAUACAGACACAACCUUUACCUUCAGAUUUUAGUUUUAUACCCGCUAUAAAAAGUCCUAUUCCAUCUUCACGGGCCUCAUCUAUAACGGGUCCUUCGUCAUCAAGAAGAUCAAGUCACCAUAUUAUUUUAGAACCAGUGAUGGAAAUACGUCGCACAGCUUUACUUCGACGAGGAUCGGAUGGGUCAUUAUUGAAAACGCGCAAUAAAACUAUUGAUAGGCAUAUCCAGAUAUUUAUUUCUGAUAGUAAUGACAAGAAGAAAAGUUAUGAAUGAUAUUUUUGCCAAUGAAUUCGCUGUCUAAAUAAUUUAAUUGCAACCUUAGAGUAAUACCGGCUUCCGAGUCAGAAGCUCGUGUUCUUCUAAGCUUGCAACUUACGACGCGAGACGGAUGACA